GCCAUCCAUAAAAAUUUCCCUUUGACAAUUCUCCAAUAACCUAUUAAAUAGCCGGAAUACAAAGUUGCCGGAGCAGAGGGUGGAGAGAGGCGGAGAUGAGCUCAUCGGCGCAUCAACCUUGUUGUGGGUUGAAGUCGAGGUAUUCCUAUUCCCCUCUUUCUUCAUGGCGACUUUCAGCUUCCAGUUGGAACUGGAACCGAUUUCCUCCAAAGGAAUGGCGUAAACUGCUUCCAUUAGUUUCAGCUGCAGCUUCUUCCCCUUCUCCCAUUUCCAAUGCACAGACCAAAGAGCGCCUUAAACUCAAGCAACUCUUCAAGGAAGCUUAUGAACGCUGCUGUACAUCCCCCAUGGAUGGCGUCUCCUUCACUCUUGAAGACUUCCAUGCCGCUCUUGCAGAUUACGACUUUGUUUCUGAACUCGGAACCAAGGUUAAAGGUACUGUAUUCUGUACCAAUGCUAAUGGGGCACUGGUUGAUACUGUAAAGGGAACUGCAUACUUGCCCACCCAAGAGGCAUGCAUUCUUAAAAUAAAACAUGUAGAAGAAGCAGGUAUAUAUCCUGGUUUAGAAGAGGAGUUCAUAAUUAUUGCUGAACAGGAAGAUGGUGAUGGCUUAAUUCUGAGCUUGAGAAGUGUCCAGUAUGGCCUUGCAUGGGAGCGAUGCAGACAACUCCAAGCUGAGGAUAUUGUUAUCAAGGGUAAGGUUGUUGGUGCAACCAAAGGGGGAGUAGUAGUUCUUGUGGAAGGCCUUAGAGGCUUUGUUCCUUUCUCUCAGAUAUCAGCAAAAUCAACUGCAGAGGAGCUGCUUAAUAAAGAGCUACGUCUGAAAUUUGUUGAGGUCGAUGAAGAACUAUCUCGGCUAAUCCUAAGUAACUCCAAGGCCAUUGUUAGCCAAGCAGAGCUAAGAAUUGGUUCAGUAGUUACUGGGACCGUGCAGAUUCUGAAACCAUAUGGAGCCUUUAUUGACAUCGGUGGAAUUAAUGGGCUUCUUCAUGUUAGUCAAAUCAGUCAAAAUCACAUAUUAGAUAUUGCAACUGUUCUUCAACCAGGAGAUGUGCUUAAGGUCAUGAUUUUGAGCUAUGACCAGAACAAAGGCCGUGUUAGUCUUUCUACCAAGAAAUUGGAACCUACUCCUGGAGACAUGAUUCACAAUCCAAAGCUUGUUUUUGAGAAGGCUGACGAGAUGGCUCAGACAUUCAGGCAAAGAAUAGCUCAAGCAGAAGCAAUGGCUCGUGCUGGCCUUCUCGGAUGUCAACCCGAGAGUGGAUAAUGUGGGAUUGACUCAGCUUUGAUGGGGUAUCGAGUGGGCUUACACUUGAGUUACCUGCAGAGGUUGUAGAUCUCACAUUGAUAGUUUCCUCCACAGAAUAAUAACGGAGAGUAUGAUAUGAGUGAUUCUACGAACAAAUGAUAGCCACCCUUCACCAUUACAUCCAAUUCCUUGGUAUUGGCUCUUAGCCUGGAAUAAUUGUUUGUAUUUAUUUUCUAACAUAGAAUUUGUAGUUGCUUGUAUAUUGCGAGAAAGUAAUCAUGUAGCUGACUUUUUAGAAUUUUAAGAGGCCCAAUACGCAUUGCUACUUCGUUUUAUGUUUGUU